ACAAUUACUCUUAAUUUCUUGUAUCUCUCUCUAACAAUAAUGGCACAAUCAUCGAAGAAGAUCUCAUUGAAAACAGCCGACAAUGUCGUUUUUGAGAUUGAUCCCUCAAUUGCAAAGCAGAUGAAAACAGUUCAGUCUUUCAUUGAUGAAGAUGAAGAUGUUAAGUUAAUUCCUUUACCAAAUGUCUUAUGUAAGGAACUCCCUUUGAUAAUUCAGUACUGCAAGAAAUACGUUGCUGGAGAGAUCACAAAGGAAUUUGAAGCAGAGUUUGUGAAAGAGAUGACCAAUGAAGAAGUGAAGGUUCUCUUCCUUGCAGCAAAUUACCUAAACGUUGAAAGGCUUUUUGAUUUUUUGAGCCAGAUCAUUGCAAAUCGAAUCGAGAACAAGAGUGUGGAGUAUGUGCGUAAGUUCUUUGGGGUUGAAAGCGAUUUCACUCCCGAAGAAGAAGCCAAACUCCGUAGAGAGAAUUCUUGGACUUUCAGCGGAGUUGAUGAAGACGACUGAAGAUGAAUAAUUAUUAUUUUAUAUUAGGAAUUCUUUAAUUUUGUCUUUAAAUUAGAUCUACCAAACAUUUUUUCUUUGUAUUUUUGUUUUUAUUUUUGUAAAUUAGAUGUAUGCCGUGUGAUCGAAAUCGAACAUUUGAAAUCUUAAUAAAUUUUGAUUUUUAAAAUCUAAAA